AGACCAGUUUAAUCGGAGCCUUUUCACCAUUCGUAACAUAUAUAUGAAUGAAUAUGUUUUUGCAUCAGAUGACAGCAUAUCCGUCGAUAAUCCGAUGAUAUUAAAAGCGAGUGAAUGUCACAUUUGGAUUUCAUUCGGCCAACAACACAACGGCAACAAUAGCAAGAAAACAAUUGGUCACAAGAAAAAUCGAUAGUAACUUUAGUCUGCCCUGCCCUUAUCCACUUAGAAUCGUAUUAGAGUAGUAAUUCAUUAAAUAAAUCGAUUGGUCACUUACACAAAAGGAUGCUGAAAUUCAAGCUCCUCCAAACACAAUCUAUCAAUCGAAAACAAAGUGAAACGGAAAAAUGCCAUUACAAAAAAUCGCUGCGGAAUGAACGUAAUUGAAAACGGAAUUAAACAAAGUGCUUAAACAGAGGAAAAAUAAUAACAGAAAAAAGAGAGAAAAAAAUACAAAAUUAAUAAGCGGUAAAACAAAAAGCGAUAUUGAAUACACAGUAUAACAAAAGGCGAGGCAAAACAAAUAAGAGGACAAAAACACCAGCGAACACAAGCAGCAAACGGCAUUUUGGAUUUGUCAAAAUAUUUAUCUUAGACAUUUACUGUUAUUGCCCGUCAUUUAUAUAUGCAGUCGUUCGUUCAGUUUUACUGACUGCGGUGUAUUGUGCCUGGAACGAAUACAAACACACACACACACACACAUUUACAGCGCAGCAAAUUACGAGGAGAAAAGCCCUGAAAUAAAUCCCAUAAUGCCGAGCAUUCUGCUGAAUUCAACACACAUUACGACCGAGAAAUUAAUGCCAAUGGUCGAGGCAACAACAAAAGCGGCGGCUGUGGCAGCCAUUCCAAUUACCACAACCACAUCAACAAUCAUCAAAAAUCUAUCGGCCAGUUCAAAUGGCCAAAAUAAACGCACCAUAAUCAUCUAUCCAACGGUUCCACUCAGAGUGUCUCUGCAAAGCUGUUUGCGGAACGCACGAACAAAAGCUCAACAAACUCGAGCUAAAUUGUCACCUGAAUCGAUAGUCAUACCGAUUGUGUCGUGCAUCUUUGGAUUUCCAUUGCUGGCAUUGUUGGUAAUCUGUUGUUUACGACAUCGCGCUAAAAUGGCCCGUGAACGAGAUCGUCGUCGAAAUUAUGAUUUACAGGAUCACGCUGUUAGCUUGGUCAGAUUUAGCCCUAUCCAUAGGCUCACUAACCGUACCACGAGAGCUGUCAGUCUACGUUCUGAACGAAGCCUGAGUAGAGGUUUCCCCUCAUUAGAUUUAGACACGGUGUUGGAGGAGCGCAGCGAUCAAGAACAGACACAGACUGACUUGAUGACGCCCGAAUCACCGUCAGAUCCACAAUAUAGAGGAUGCGAAUCCAGUAGUAGCUAACAAAUAGUAAACACAACCGCUUCAUCGUCAUUUUCCACCAGUUAUACCAUAAAGAUAAAUGGCAUCGAUGAUCAUGUGUCGAUUAAUAAAAAAGAUUCGUCUUUAGUAUCAUCGACACGCUUAUCCAAUCAUACCCAAGAAAAAUCGGCUCAUCCAUUGAAUAAUCUCACGAAACGAAGGAGCAGCCUCAAGAACGGUGCCAUAGUCCGGUCAAAAAGCUUCGACAACGGUACAUAUGGCAUCGGACAACGUAAAACUCUCAGUAAAAGUAAAACACUCAGCAGUAUAUCACAUUGUCCAAAGAAAAAACGUUGCAUGGAAAAUGGCAUUGCGGAAUGUUUGCAUGAACGACACCGCGAAAGCAAACGGCGACGCAUAUUUCAAACGUCGAGCGUUGACCAUUCGCCAUUAUGGACCACAUUAACACACGCACGAACAAUAAGCGAUUUUAGCAUCGAAAGUUGAUCCUCCCUUAAAUUCAUCAUGGAAACAUACUUUCGAAGUGUUGACUGUGAUUCACAGCCCGUGAAUAUCAUUUAACUUAGCCUUUUGUGCUUUGAAACGGUGGAAAAACAGAAUCCGAACUUAAAUUAUUGUCAUGCUUUCGCGCUUUUGGAACCCAGCCCGAUUCGAAGGCUAAGUUAAGUGAAAUGCACUGUAUUUUAUGGAUUUAGUCUUUCAAAUUAAUUUUUAAAAAAAUUACCUGUAAAUAAAUACAUUUCGGAGUAGCA